AUGGACAACAAAAUGAAGCAAAAUUAUUUACAAUCACCGUUAUUGUGUUUUGAUCUAGAUUCAAACAAAAGAGAAUUAAUUGAAUUAAAGCAUGAAUGUGAAAAAAAGGAAGAGAUUUAUUAUAACGAAUUAAAACACUUGGUAGCUAUGAUGGAAAAAAAUGGAAUAACGGUAGAAAAAAAUUGCUUUAGUAAUGAAGAAUGUGAUACUUUUUUCAAUGAGAUUUCAAAAGAACUAAAGGAAAUUGAAUCAAGAAUGAACUCUUUUGAAAUGUUGGUUAAAGAAUCAUCAAUUGAUGCUUGUGAAUCAAAAAUGUUGGAAUAUGGAAAUUUGAAAGCAAAAUUAAGUGCAUUUUUGGAAGUUGCUGAAAUUUAUUCUUCUUUAAAAAAUGACGAAUCGGAUUUAAAUUUGUCUACAUAUUAUAAUAGUUAUGCUACAAAACUUGCUAGAAUAAAACAUUUAAUAGAUGUUUUUAAUACCAGAAAAGAAGGAGCUUUGGGUAAAGAAUUUGAAAAUCAAUUUAUUGACAAAUUAGAAAAAGAAUUAUUUGAAAGAGAAGAUUCUUUUAUAAUUAUUCUUAAGAAACAAUUUCGUAAUUUAAUAAACUACAAUAAGUUUACCAAUAAUUCAACUACUACAUUUGAAUUAAGUAUUAAAAAAGAAAAAAGUUUCUUAGAAAACAUUUUAUCAUCAAUGUAUCAACUUGACAAUUUAGAUAUCCAAAUGAGAGAUUUUGUAAAAUUUUUAAAAGAAAUUAUAGAAAAUGGAGUAAAGUUUUAUCUAUCAUCAGAACAAUUAUCUAUUGAAGAAACUGAUGUAAAUUAUUUAAUUAAGUUUGUUUAUAAUAUCAAACCUACAAAUACUAACUUGGAUGUAGAAAGUAAAUAUGAUUUCUUCAAUGUUUUUUUUGCAAAAAUUAAUAUGAUAUUCCAUGAUAUUGUUAUUGAUAAUUCAACCAAUUGUAAAUUUACAUUUCUUAAUUUUUUGGGUUCAAAAAUUGGAGAUGAUGUUGUUUCUUUAUUAAAGAGUGAAUAUUUAAUGCCUAUGUUGCCUUAUAAAAUUGAUAAUAUUAAUGACUUUGAUAAGACUCUUAAAAAAGGAAAAAAUAUUAUUAAAUUAUUGCAAAAAGAUAAUUUCCUUAAACCAAAAACAGACUAUUUAAACGAUUUUAUUAAUAAUUUAGAAAACUUAUGUAUUGAAAAAAAAUGUUUAAAAGUCUCUUUUGAUUCAAAAAUAUUAUUAUUUACUAAUAUGUGUAAUAAGAAAUCUAUUGAAAUAACAAUUAAUGAAAUAAAGGAUAUUGAUGUGUUUACAUCUAUUUCUUUGACAAUGGAUAUCAAAUUUGACAUAUUACAACAAAUGAUAGUGUCACUUGGGAAGAAUCAAAAAUAUAUUAUUUCUGAUAAUAUUGAAAAAAUGAUGGAUUACAUUAAUGAACUUACAAAUGAUAUGGAUAAAGUAGACGAUAUUUCAAAAAAGGUUAUUCUAAGAAACAGUAGAAAUAUUAUUAAAAUGAUUUUAAUAUUACUUCCACGAAUUCAUAAAAAUGAAAUUGAUGCUAAUUUUGAGAUUGGGGCACUUUUUUAUAACAAUUACUUCUACAUUUUAUAUCAUUUUUUUAAAUUUCAUUUAAUUGAAAAUAACAAAGAGAAUAUAAACAUUGUAACAAAAUUAAGAAUUUUAGCUAAUGAUGUUAUCAAAGAUCAUUUUCAUGCACUAGUAACUGAAAUUUCUCGUAAAUUAUAUGGAAGAUCAUUUAAUUUAAAAAAUGAUAUUUCAUUAAAUUAUUUUUCAAUUUUUAAAAAUUUACCAGCUUUUGGAUUAUAUUUAAAAAGAGAAGCAAAAAAAUUGUAUGAGUUGUUUCCAAUUACAAUGUAUAAUGAUAUAUGGACAGCCAUUGGGAAACAUUCUCUUGAAUGUAUAGCAAAAAUAUUUAUGGGUAUAAGUGACUUUAGAUCAGACCAAUGUGAAUUAAUGAUAAAAAAUGUUAAUUAUUUAUUUGUUAUUUUUGAUGAAAUUUUUAAGAAAAUCUCUCCUGAGGAGUCUGUUAAAAAUAGAUGUUUUGUGGAAUACUAUCGUCUUUAUGAAAUUUUAUUUUGUCUAAAUCAUUCAUUAGACGAAAUUGCAAUGCGUUUUUGUGAGGAAGAAUAUUGUUCAGAAUUUUUAGAGAAGUGUGAAUUAAAAUCACUUAUUAGAGCAAUAUUUCAAAAUACUGAUAAAAGAGCUGAAAUUCUUAAAAGAAUAUAA